UACAGUAAAUUAAACACGUAAUAACAGUUUGUGCAUCAUGAUUCAUUCACUGCAGCUCCUUCUGGUGUGCGUGACUUAACCACCAGGGGGCUGUAUAAUACAUUCAUGCAGAUACAAACAAAGAAGACUUUCACAGGUACUGUGACUCAAUAAAGGACUGUAAUAUUAGUUGUUUUUCGCAGAAGAUGAAGAAAAAAAUGCCUAUGCGCAUUCUUAUGUUGUCUGUCUACAUGUGUUGCUGGACAGUUUGUGUUUAAAUAUCCCAAAUGUCUUUUUGUUUCCCCAUGUUUUUUUUAGCAUCGAGUUGUGUGUUUGUUUGAAAUGUAAUUCUCUUUGAUUUAUGUUUAGUUUGACAGGAAACUUGAACUGGGGGGGCGGCAAAAAAACAGCUUGAGGAAUCUUGGAAGAUUUGUUCGCCACCUGCCAAACUCCUGCUUGUUGGGAAGCAAGUUGAGUUCGCUGCCACCAUACGGCGCUCAUAUCUCCAGAUUUUGCUCUUAAGUCAAAGUCAAAAUCUCUUCUAUCCUAUUGGCUGUUAUUAUCUGUAGAGUCUCACAAUCGGGUGGCGGGGCCCGGUGCACUUUAUUGAUGAGUAUCUGGGCAGACAAUGUUUCAGGCAAGCACACACAUGCCAUGCACGCACAUGCGUGGGAGUUUUACGGAGAAAGGUUCCCACACUUGUUGGCUUCACUUUGACCGUGCGGCAUAAAGUCAAUGUGUGUGUGUGUGUGUCCUCUAUUUAGCCUUUCUCAUGGAAAUUGGCAAGCAAAUUGUGUGACCCCCACACACACACACACACACACACACUCAGCUGUCUGUGCUAUUUGUGAGCGUCCAGACUGCCGAGUCACGGUGAGACUGGCGGACGGGAGCGGGAGGGGCGUCUGGUCCUCUUUUCCUCCGUCACAUGUAUCCCUUUUUUUCCACACUGUCUGCCUUUUAUCAAAGUGAUCGUUUUUUUUUUGUGUUUUUUUUUACACAUUGUUUUAAAGUGUGUUGCUUCGGCCAAAUUUUGAGUUGUGCGCCUUCGGUGUAGUACCACGCUAUGCCACAAAGGGCCAGGCAGCACUGAGCUCGACUGAAGAGAUGCAGCGCCAUUAAUAAUAGCAAGACGAAGAGGCGACUAAAGUGCGGCCAUGUUGUAGAAGAAGUGGUUGUUCCCACGGAGCAGAGAGGAUUGUUGUCAAUUCUGUUUGUAUGCGUUGCUGCUCCGUUUGAUGAUUAUUUUAGCAGCUUUGCUCAUUUCCGUUAGCCCGCCAAUAACAUUGUGCAUUAGAUGUCAUAAUUAUAUUUCUGCAAGUACUGUUACACGGUCUGUCGACAUGUUGCUGAACCAUUCGGUUUUGCAACAUAGAUGCUAAUUAGCGUUAGCAUUAUUUCUUUCGACAGUUGUUUGGCUGGUUUUAGUUUUAGCGUAAGCAUGGACUGGAAGGGCAUUCGCCAGCUCCAAGCUUACCGCCCGAUCCAUUUUGGACUAUUUCCCCACACUGCUGCUCAGUGUACAGUGAGUUGAGUGCACUGACGCCGUACAACGCUCAUAUCUGAAGUCUGUUCCCAAGUCAACGCCCAAAAAUAAAUCCACCAAAUGACAGCUCGUAUCUUAAAAAAACUCUGGGUUGAAUCACUCAUAUUUCAAGGCACAACUACAUUAUUUCAUGUGUCAGGUUUUUAAAAAAUGUUUUUUGUUCUUUUUCUUAUCUCGGCGGCACGGCGGGCGACCGGUUAGAGCCUCUGCCUCACAGUUCUGAGGACCGGGGUUCAAUCCCCGGCCCCGCCCGUGUGGAGUUUGCAUGUUCUCCCCGCAUGUUCUCCCCGCGCCUGCGUGGCUUUUCUCCGGGCACUCCGCUUUCCUCCCACAUCUCCAAAACAUGCAUGCUAGGUUCAUUGAAGUCUCUAAAUUGCCCGUAGGUGUGAAUGUGAGUGCGACUGGUUGUCUGUUUGUAUGCGCCCUGCGAUUGGCUGGCGACCAGUUCUGGGUGUACCCCGCCUCCUGCCCGAAGAUAGCUGGGAUAGGCUCCGGCACGCCCGCGACCCGCGUGAGGAGAAGCGGCUCAGAAAAUGGAUGGAUGGAUAGAUGAAUGGAUGGAUGGAUGGAUGAUUCUGAUCUCUCUAGGCUGCAGAACUUCACCGAUCGCGGAAGGAUUCGGAAGGACUCCCCCGCGAUAAACGAGGCGUCACUGUAUCUCACCUUUUGCUUGUUGAAACAAAAGUGACUCGUUCAAGAAAACUGGGAAAUGUCAGACCUCUGACUGGGGAAAGGAUUCUCAAGACAACGUGUCAAUUUGAUUUCUCUGUACAUAUUGCCAAUCGCUAAUUCAGAAACAAAACAAAACGGUUGCUUAAUCACGAGCAUGUUUUUUGUUUGUUGUGGGAUUUCCUGCUCCAACGAACGCAGCAUGACCGACGCCUCUUCCCAAGUUGAAUGUUGAGCUCAUCGUCUUACAAUACACUUUGCCACUUUGCCCCCCCACUACCCACCCCCUGUCCCCCUUUAACCCAUCUGUCUUUGCCAGACAGCCCCCCCAACAGUGCCCCCUUUUGUUCGCAGCCUUUUUGCAGCUAAAAAGUGGGGGGACAAUGGGGGUUGGGGGGUGUCAAGGGGGGGGAGGGGGUACGGUCAGCUGUUUGAGUUUUGUGUGGGAAUGCGGCUGGAAAGAAAAAGAGGCGACAAAGGUUGCGCACCGACAGCGAGUGCGUGUCGGCCGGCCGGCAAGGACGCUCGCUCCGAACACUUUGCCUCUUUUUUUGUUUUCUUUGUUUUAUUUUCGAACUUUUUGAGUCCAAAUCUCGAUUGCGGGAAUAUCAGACGGACGACGAGCGACGAUGCGUCCUUCGGCAGGGACGCACAACUGCGUGCGGACGCAGCUGUGCGCCCAGUUGGAGUUGGUUCAGAUGGUGGUGAUCAUUGUGGUGAUGUUGGUGAUGGUGGUGGUGAUCACGUGCGUGCUCAACCACUAUCGGCUUUCGGCGCGAUCGCUGCUCUCCCGUCAAGCCCCGCCCCUGCCGGGGCCACGCCGACACGUCGCCUGCAUGGAAGCGGGUCUGUGGAGCUCGGAGGGACCAAGCGGCGUCGGGAAUCAGCACGGGUUCCAGCCCCGGGGUUCGGCCCGAGGAGCGUCGAACCUUCCGCGGCGUGUCCCGCAGGGGGGUCCCCCUCCCGCGGGCCGCUUCCAGCCCACGUUCCCGGUCCUGCGCCACGACCUGAUCACGGACCUGCCGCCCACCAUCUCGCUGUCGGACGGCGAGGAGCCGCCGCCCUACCAGGGGCCGUGCACCCUACAGCUGCGAGACCCCGAGCAGCAGAUGGAGUUGAACCGGGAGUCUGUGCGGCCGCCGCCCAACCGCACCGUCUUUGACUCCCACCCUCUUGACCCGCCCACUUCCUACGUGCACGCCAGCCUCCGAGCGACCCGGCAGCACAAACAGGAAGGCGCGCCCCCUACCUACAGCGAGGUGAUAGAACACCUCUACCACCCCGGGGCUUCGCACCCGCCACCGGAACUGGACAGCCGGAACGCCAGGAACACAAAAGAGAAAUUGUAGAACCCUCGGCAAGUUGUGACUCCAUACGACCGGUCAGUAACCCGUGACGACCAACCUGCACUCUGAUUGGUUGGGAAUAAGAGAUGAGUCACGCCUCACCACCGGGGGGGGCAUCACUUCCUGUUGCACAGCUUUCUACUUCCUGUAUAAGGAUUGUUACAUAUUUACUUGUUUGUUCGUCUACAUUUUGAUUCGUUUUGACUUUAAUUCUGUUCUGGCUGCUAGCGCCGCAACACACUAGUACUGGGAAAUACUUGUGCACUUGUAAUACUAGUACUGAGACAUUCGAGAGCACCGGGCUACACUAGAGUCAGGUCGUAGUCGUGCCAGGCCCAACCAGUGCCAGGCCAUACUAUCACCGGGUGUUACUAGUGCCGUGCCAUAAAAGCACUGGGAGAUACUAGCACACAAAGUCCUUUCUUGUUUGCCUCCUUGUGACGUUUGACUAGCUUAGCACGUGCUAAGCGCUCUGCCUUAAUGUUCUCCACUGGACGGAGGAGUCUACGCCGGUGAGAUUCGCGAAAGACGUUUUCUACGGAAGCUUUGCACAAGAAAACGCCAAAACAUCCUUGAUGAGCGACAUCAUUUCUAAUCAGUAAAAUAUGGUUUUUGUGGUUUUCUUUUUUGUUUUUAGUUUUAGAGAGACAAAAAAAGACUUGACAUCCCGUCUGCUGCGUACUUGCUAACAAGUGGAAACGUUUUUAUUUUAUUUAUAUGAAAAGAAUUGCACUAUGUUUUUGAUGUCGUACAGAAGUGUAAAAGGAGCUCUGUCCAUUGGACGCGCACACGUACACACAAAUGGCGCUAUUUUGGCUCAUAGUGCAAAACGUCCAAUCAGAGAGGCCCGUUAUCGUUCCCUCCCGUUGGCCAAAGGUUUGGCCCCGCCCCCUAAGCAGGCGGUCACCAUCGCCCAGUUUGUCAAUCAAAUGUGGAACUGUCAGCCCAUGCACUCUCAUACUUGUCUUUGCUGCAUAAGGGUUACACAAUGGAGGAGCCUCACACUUAUCUUGUCUUUGUGGCUUCAUGGGGUAACCAAUGAAGCAAGCGCCCGCGACCCGGAACGGAAGAUGAAUGAAUGAAUGAAUGAAGGAAUGAAUGAAUGAAGCAAGCAAUGUGACACACACACACACACACACACUUCUUCUUGUCUUUGUGGUAUUGUCGGGUUUACAUCGACAGACUUUGACACACACGUUGACAAAUCAUUCUUGUCUUCAUGACCAUGUGGGUGACGUGCAUACUAUUAAAUGUGGGAACCACGCACACACAUUGACAUGCAUGCACACGCACGUGCACACAAAUAUGUGUGCGCGUGUUGUUCUGGUGUCAGCACUUUACUGCAUCAGACAAAAGAAAAACAAGUCGGCCAGCAUUGGCGUCCAAUCAGAAAGCAGUGAGCGUCCAAUCCUCCAGUUCUCUCUUCAUGCGUCGGCGUGUGACUGGUCGCCGCAGAGCAGACACACGGAAGUGUUGACAGGUGACACGAGUGUCAGCGGCGACCCGUCUGCAACGCCGUCGCAAAAGGCGCCGCAGACCCGACAAAUCCAGCGCCCCCUAGGGUCCGGUCUUUAUGCAACAGCGCCCUCCGCAGGAAAGUGCGCUCGGUCGCAGUGCGCUUGUCGCGCCUGGGAGGGUCGCAGCGGGUAUGACGAGACCGGACGGGUUCUGAUCAGGGAUCCUGCGGAGCUGACCACGGCGACUGUUUGCUGGCUAACGAUUGGUGGAGGAGGUGGAGGGGGCGGGGCUCUCGGAGAGGCCCACACAAGUAGAUGUCCUUUAGUGUCAACUGUGGACAAGCAGCGCUUUUUCGAUGACAUUAUAACUGAAGAGGUGUGUGUCUGUGUGUGUACGUUCAAUCUUCCUAUGACUCCACCCUUUGACCUUUGUCAUGCGGGAACGACUGUCCAGUCAGACCAAAGCCCCUCUGCCAUUUGUGCGUGCGUGCGUGCGUGCGCGUGUUGCUGCUGUUUAGACUAUAAACCAAACACACCGAGCAGACUAAACAAACUCCGCAUACACGCACACACACGUGGUCAGCCUCCAAGUUGCCCCGCUCGCCUCUCCACUUCCUGUCUGAGCAAGUGCUUCCUGUUUCCUACUUCCGGCGUCCAAUGACACAGCUCCUUCCGCGGUCUCCCUGGCAAUGUGUUUUGUUUGAGGCGUGAGUGGCCAGUUUGGGCUGUCAAUCAUGCCGGGACACGCCUCCCUCAGAGCCUCAAAGAUGAUUGGAUGAUGAGGAGGAUGAUGAUGAUGAUGAUGCUUUUGUUGUAGCGAGAGCGUUGCAAUACAUCCGCAGUUUGCCUUCUUUCAUGCUAGUUUAGCUUAGCAUUGUUGUUGUUUUUAAAUGUUUUAUUCACACAUUUUCACAUCAUUCCGUCCUUCCCCCCCCCCCCCCACCCCCACCCCAAUCUCCUCGAGUGUGAAACUUUUGUCAGCGUCUCGCGCUAAUCACGGCAUCUGCACGUGUGUGCCUUCUGCAUUUCGAUCUGGUUCCGUUUACUUUAGCUCACUUGCAACAUUUGGGGGGAAAAAAAAAAAAAAAAAAAAACAUAAAAAAUGAAAUAUAGUCGUCAGUUUGUCAAGUCUCCGUUGUGAGGAGUGAUUGUGCGUUCGAAGACGGCUGGGAAUUUGGAACUUCGAACUCAAAGCGUUCCAAAAAAAAAAAAUUCACAAUUUUAAUUCGCAAUAUCCAGUGGAACCUCCAAAGUGGAACACGAUGUGUCCCAUGAAAUUGUUUGCCAUCCGAAAUAAUAUUGAAAUAAUCUGUUCCCGGGUGAAAUUGGCACCAUCGUCAACCCGUGACAGUCGGGCGAUGUUCCCAGUUGCCGCACGUGGAAGUUCAAAACACGCUCAAAUCAAACUCAAAUAAAGUAAAACUACUCUGACAGGCACAAGCUAUAGUCCUUUAGUCACCUUAUCGGCAAUGCAAAAGGCUGGAUUUUAACAUUUGUAAUUGUUGUAAAAGUGUAAAAAAAAAAAAAGAAAAAAAACACAACAAAGAAAACAAAUGAAUCACUCUAAACUAAAAUAAAGUCAAAUUGCUCACCCUUUAAAGACAGAAAAUCCCCGAUUAACAGAACAGACCGUGCAAAAUGUUGCAUUUCUCAUUUGCAUGCUUCCAUCCAUCCAUUUUCUGAGCCGCUUCUCCUCACUAGGGUCGCGGGCGUGCUGGAGCCUAUCCCAGCUGUCAUCGGGCAGGAGGCGGGGUACACCCUGAACUGGUUGCCAGCCAAUCGCAGGGCACAUAGAAACAAACAACCAUUCGCACUCACAGUCAUACCUACGGGCAGUUUAGAGUCUCCAAUUAAUGCAUGUUUUUGGGAUGUGGGAGGAAACCGGAGUGCCCGGAGAAAACCCACGCAGGCACGGGGAGAACAUGCAAACUCCACACAGGCGGGGCCGGGGAUUGAACCCGGGUCCUCAGAACUGUGAGGCUGACGCUCUAACCAGUCGGCCACCGUGCCGCCCAUUUGCAUGCUUGUAAAGUUUAAAAAAAAAAAAAAAAAAAAAAACACACACACACACACUCACAAACAGUGCUAAAAUAAAACACAUCAAACUAAAAUAAAGUAAAGCUACUCACUCCUUAAAGAUGUCAGCUACAUAAUCCUUUCGUCAAUGUACAGCACACGUCAAAAGGAGCAUUUUCGCACGUUUAAACAUACAAACAAAAACAAGAAUUGCUGUAAAAUCACAGAAAAACAAUUAUUAUUAAUAAUAAUUAUUAUAAAUAAAAAAAGGAUUUUAAACCAAAAAAUCAACUAAAACUAAAAGAUAAAACAAAACUAUUUAACAUUGAAGAUGUCUGACUGACCCAAAGUUUUUUAUUCAUUUCUUGUUAUGAUUAUGGGAUAUAUUAUUAUGGCAUUUGUAACAAUUUAACAGUCGUAAAAGUGUACAACAAAUAACAUCGCAUAACAUUGUUCAGAAAGGUCAUGUCAAGUCAAAGUAGUCUUCUUCACCUUCUGAAGAUGUCUUUGGACAUUUUUCGGGCGGUGGGCAAUGGCAAAUCACAAACAAACAAACAAAAAAAAAGCCAAAGAACAAGCCAAGCCCACACGAUAAACAUCUUGCAGGACGAUGGCUUUAAUGGCGUUUGUUGUUGUUGUUGUUUUUUGUUUUGGGAAGUUUGUAAGUUGAAACGGGCGUCGCAAAUCGGAGGUUCCACGAAGGUCAAUUAUCAAUCAAAAGAUUCAAAUGUCGUCUCGAAGGUCAACUUUUGAGCGCCGUCGGUUUCCCUCGCACUUUUUCGCGGAACGUCCCGUUUUCCGCAGUUUUGCGGAACGCAGCGCGCCACGCGAUCUCCUGGCAAAUUUCCUCGGAGCUUCCGGAAACUUCCUCGGCGUGGGCCACGCGUGGGAAGUCCAGCACAAUCUGGUCCCCAAAAAUUUUUUGGAGGGGGGGGGGGGAUUUUAGAAUGCACAAAUCCCGCCGCUCGCUUAGUUUGUUUGUUAGCCAACAUUCCGAAGGCACAAUUUGAAGAUUUGUUCAAUGUCGAAGUUUUUGCAUUGAAAGCGCACUCGGGAUGUUUGCGUUUGGAAGAAAACGCUCCUCGGAAACUCUUCUUCUUGUUGUUUGAUGAUUUGAAUCAUUUCAAUUUGUACUGUUGUCAAAAUAAAUGCCUUUUUGUACAAAAA